AAUCAUUACAACUGUCGCUAGGACAUCAAGAUGACCGAGGAGCUCGACGCUGCAGCAUUUGUGGGCGCCCUGUACCGCAAGGUGCUGCUCUCUGUGAAAGCAUCGAACGCGAUUCCAUCGGAGGAUGAUGGUUUCCACUUUCACUCGCAGUUUAGUGGCGACUUUGCGGCGCGUUCUAAGCGCUCCGGGGCCAAGGCCGAGGAACUCGUUCGGCUGCUGACCAAGCGCCGACGCGCCGAUGACGCAGAGCACGCGGACAGCAGUGACGAGGACGACAGCGAGCUGCAGGAACUCUUUGACGGGCCAGAACCCAAUGCUCGUGUUACAGACUACGCCGAUAUGUUGCUGGACGAGGCCUCUAAGCACCUUGCCCGCUUCGUAAGCGGCGAGUCAGCGUCUUCCACCGAGGACUCGAAGCUCCGCCCACUGGAGAACAAGCCACAGGUGUUUGAGAAAAACAAAAGGGCCAAAAAGGAGGAGGAAGUAGAGAAAAAGGUGUCCAGAGGAGCGCAGGACAAGCCCCAAGACAGAUUCGACGAGAAAAUCGACAACUCGGACGUACCGUUCGUAUCUAAACUUCGUGAGAAGGUGCACGCGCAGAAUGACGGCGUUGCUGCAGCGGCGGCAGACGAUGAAGACGACGAGAUGGCUACUCGGAACCCGUACUACCCUGAGAUUAAGGGACUCAAGUAUGCUCAAUGGCAGUUGGAGGCGUCUGAGGAGCCGUAUGAUAUGGUGGAGUUGGACAAGGCGUCGUACUUGUGGGUAGACACAGAAGAGAAGCUGGUGCAGAUGAUGAAGUCUCUGACAGCUGCUGAAGCUCGCGUGAUCGCGGUGGAUCUGGAACAUCACAGCUACAGAUCGUACAUGGGACUCACGUGUCUGAUGCAAAUUUCUACUGCACGCGAGGACUUUCUAGUUGAUACACUGGCCCUCCGUGGCAAGUUACAGACUCUUAACCAGGUCUUCUGUGACCCUGAGAAGGUUAAAGUGCUCCACGGUAGUGACAUGGAUAUCCUGUGGCUGCAACGCGAUCUUGGGCUGUAUAUUGUCAACCUCUUCGACACUGGCCGUGCAGCGCGUCUGCUACAGUACCCCCGCUUCUCCUUGGCAUACAUGCUCAAGCGUCACUGCAACAUCGACGCUGACAAGCAGUAUCAACUCGCAGACUGGCGUACCCGUCCGCUCGACAAGAGCAUGAUAAAAUAUGCGCGUGAGGAUACACGGUACUUGUUGUUUAUCUAUGACCAACUCAAGAAGGAGCUACUGCAAGCUGGAGCCAAGUCUCGCGAGAGUUUACUGUUCCAGACACUCCAGAACUCCAAUAUGCUGUGCUUGCAGGUGUAUGAGAAGCCUCAGCCCACCGAGGAAGACGCUCUUGCUCUCGGCGAGAAACUCAAGGGAACAGUAAACAUUCGUGAUCUGUCUGAGCUUCAGAAGCGUGUGAUCACUGCGCUUUAUCUCUGGCGCGACCGUAUCGCACGUCAGGAGGAUGAAUCAGUGGCAUACGUGAUGCCAAACCACGUGCUCAUGAAGCUCACUAAGCACCUCCCUGUGCGAUCCGAUGAGCUCUUCCGUGCUUGUCACCCUGUUCCGCUGCUUAUCCGUAAGCACGCGCUCCAGAUUACAAAAAUGAUCGUUGCUGAGAAGACGAAGCUUGCCGAGGACGAGGCCAAGACGCAAGAACCUGAGCCUGUAGUCGCAAAGCCGACAAGAAAGACGUGGAAUGAGGAUGGAGAGGAGCAAAUGGUUAAUUCCAUUCGGAAGCGUGUGGGACGUGCUGAGUAUGCUCCUUGGAAGAGUGGUCAGCGCAAGGCUGGAGUCGCUACUGCUGCUGCUUCGACUGGAUCUUCAUCAUCCAGCUACAAUCCACCGAUGGCACUCGGAGUGAACGUUUCGGAGACUGCCAAUGAGCCAGAGACGGCAGCCACGCUGCUCGAAAAGGUGAACGCUAUGGUUGCGAGCACAAUGUUCACUAUUACUGAGAGUGACCCAGUCGAGACACCAGUCAAUAAACCGACGUCCUUGUUGGCGACUCCAAGCAAGGAAGAGCAGAGUGUCGACGAGAGCAAGCCGAAGAUUCCUCAGUCUAUUUCAGAGGCCUAUAACAUGUCGAACCGAGUCAAACGGCGGAAAACUACGGCAGUGGACACGUCGUCGGCCUCUCAAGUCAAGGAUCGUGCGCAGGCGUUCAUGCAGAAGGUCGAUGGCGACGAAACUGAAGACGAGAGUGGCUUCAAGAGCUUCGACUAUGCUGCAGCCAGUACUCAGAUCACAGGAGCCAAGUUCCAGCUCAAGAAGGACGAGGACGAAGACCGGAAUGGCCGCAAGGGUGGCCGUGGAGGCAACAAGAAGCAGGCAGGUUACAACCCGUUCGUGGCAAUGAGUGGCAAGGGGAAGAAGGACCCGAAGGAGCCCAAGGCCGCACAAGCCAAGAAGAUGCACCACAUGCCGAGAAGCGCCACGUUCAGAUAGAUACAACGUAACUGAUCAACGGUAAAGCUGGCCAUGCCACAGUUAGAUAGACCCCAGUCAAUAAACAUGCUGUCACCACCACCAAGUCCAUAGUAAAAAUUCCUUAUAAUAGUUGAGCUCUGUCCG